AUGCCUACAAUAAACAUAAGGAACAAAUGUCCAAGUGGAGAACAAGGUGGCCAUCAAAUUGGAGACUGUAACUGUUCUAAUCGUUUCAAGGCAUAUUUGAGAAAUGUAGACAUCAAAACCAAGGAUACAAAUUACAGGGUAUGCAAACAUAUAGGGGACGGGGAAGUAAAUAUACGUCACCUAAAAUAUGGUGGAGAUGAACUUACUCAUGAGGAUGGAUCUGACCUUGCAAAAAGACAUGAAGCAAUCACUGAGGUAUGUACCUACCACAAUGCUAAAUAUGACAAGAAGGAUGGUGAUUAUAUAAAUGUACCUCUCAUUCUUGGAGUUAAGAAAAAUGCUGGAGAAAAUUAUACUUGGUAUGAAAAUCUGGGUGGGAGCAACAAAAAAUGGAGGUUUAUUUCUAAUACUCAAAACUUUCCUGAAAAUGAGCCUGCUCCUCAGUUCAUACAACAGCUAAAGCAUCUCACCUGCCAACUCCACGAUCUCCAUUUCGUCGACAUUCACAGGACAGGUACCUAUGAAUGUGCAUGUAAUAAGACUGAUGUUACUGUUAUCAGAUAUGCAAAUGACGGAGGUGUUUCUGGAUAUACAAAGUACAAACAUAAAUACGGUGAAAAUGCAAUGGCUGUUAGAUACCAAAAGGUUAAUCUUUUAUGGAAAGAAGAUGGUUAUCAGCCCAUUACACUCGAUGUUAACCAACAAACUUCCGAUCUAUCUGUCUACUACUGGGAUAAAGAUACAGAACAUAGAAAUAAACCCCUUAUUAUUGAGGUCUAUGUUCAACGUUUUAGUGACAAACCCGUCCCUCUCGAAAAUGAUGGGAAUGUAAGUACCAACGACAAUAGCAAGUGGACUAUGAUAGGGCUAGACCCUGUAUCUGCAAAGACUCUCCAUAAACAAAAAUGCAAACUCUUCCAUCCAGUUGAUAUAGAUGUUACUAAACCUACUGGAAGGUAUGACAACACACAAUGUAGAGCAGAGGUCGAAAAGAAGUGUACUAAUGAAAAAUGUCCUGGUGAAGUAGUAGUUGACGAUUACAAUGGAGUAAAAUUGAAGGAAUACACCGCCAAAGUGCAUACCUACGGAAAACCAGGAGAGCCUUUUACCGUAACUAGUUUCACUAAUGGCUCCAGUACAGACGAGAAAAAACCUCCACUAUGGAACGUUACUCAGGUAAUAGUCUUCCUUACACACUGUAAUGAGCCUAUUCUGGUCUAUGUUGAGAGCGGUAGUGAAAACAAAAGGACUCACCAGUGGCACAGUGAAUCGAAAGAUGGUGAUGGUAAAUGGGCAGAGGAAAGCGAACUAAAAGGCAAGGAUCCAAAAACAGCCAAUAGUAAUGGUAUUCUUCAAGGUACUCUAGAUGAGAUUAAGAGGAAGCUAGACAUUAGCUUUCAAAGUGCAAGAGAUGAGAAAGUGAAAGAACAAGAGGAAGAGGAAGAAAUAGUAGGGGAUAGGCUAAAACUGGUGAUAGUUGCAGAAAAUCAACAAAAACAACUUCAACCUGCUUCCCAAGAACUUGUUGCUGAUAACGGUAAAGUUAGUGUAGCUGUAGAAUACCCUGAUCAAGAACUAUUGAAAGUGGUCGAUAAAACCCUUAGUCAAGCUAUUAACUAUGGACUAGAUAGAUCAGGUAUAGUUGGAUUGACCGCUAUAAUUGCAGCUCUUGAAUGGGCUAACAAGGUUCUUGCUACUGAUGUCAUUCCUGAAGUUGUUGAGACUGAAGAACUAAGAUCCAACUCUGGAUAUGAUGAAGAAGACGAAGAAAAAGAGAAACAGGAAGAACCUCCUGUUCCUUCUGGACGUGGAGGACUGAACAGUUCGUCUGUAUUAGAAGGGGAAUCCUUGAGCACUUAUACAGAAUCUGCUGAUAUUCCUUCCACCACUUGUGGAGAUUUCGUUGCUUAUGAUACAGUAGAAUAUGAAGAAUAUAGAGGUACGGCAUCUGAUUUGGAGGUCGAAGAACAUCAAUCAAACUACAUCUUUGCUCAUACUAGAGACACCACUCAACCUACUGCACCUCUUAUUACUCGUAAUACUCCUGUAGAUAUCCAUGUUCCUCAACUUGGAAAGGAUAUCGGAUACCUACAAGGCCCACUCCCUCAAUCCAGUGGAGAGUCUUCUAAGUUAGAAGAUAUAAGUUUUGAUACUUUAUCAAACACUACACAUAGUUCGGGGCUUAUUUUGGAUGAGGAAGAUUACAACACUAUGGAACAUGAUAACACUAUGUAUAAAUAUGUUUUUACUAUUGAAAUUGGUGAUCCUCUUGCUCAAUCUGCUGCUCAACAAACAUCAGAUACUUUAAAUACUGGAAAUUCUGCUGCUCAUAAAGCCUCAGCCGAUUCUCCUGGAUCUUAUGGUCCAGGCCCUUUUAAAACCCCUUCUCAAACUGGCUCUGAUCCUACUAACAUUAUUAAGACUACCAUCUCUGUAACUACUGGCAUUCUUGGUACUUCUGCCUUGGCUUGUUUUGCAGGCUGGAAACUUUAUAAUCGCUAUAAGGGAGAUCCUUGGGUUAGACAGAUUUAA